AUGAGAUCAUCGCAGUCCAGGCAAAGACAUCCGGCACUACUGUUAUCGCCGACAAAGACCAGCAGUGAUCAGUCAACGACAACACCGACAACAAUACCGACAACAACAGCGACCAAACUAUCGCAGACAAGACCACAAUCGACAACAACAGCCACACUGACAAUGCCGACCAACAACAACAACAACGACAAAGCGGUGAUCACUACAUCAUCAUCGAUGGUAAUGAUGAGGACUACGGCAGCCGACCGAUAUUGGACACCACAAUAUCCCAGUGAAUCCGAGUUUGACACAACACGUAUAGACAACUAUCUGAAUGCCCUGAAUCUAAGCCGACGACAACAACAACAACAACACAACCACACGGCUGCUGCCCGUACUGUCCGAUCAUCGGUAAGGCCAUCAUCGACGACGACGACUACUACGGCUGGCGGUAAACAUUGGCGAUCGCGAUCAGUGGACACUACACUGACCCGACUUAAGACAUCCAUACAUAGGCCGAUGUCGUCGCUGUUGAAUGCCAUCACAUUUCCGUCCAAUAAUAAUAAUAAUAAUCAUUAUUAUCGUAGUCGCCAAACAAAAUCCAUUGUCGGCGGCGGCGGCGGAGGUAAAAAUAAUGGUCAGCAGCAGUCAAUGUCUAUUAUGCGAAACGUUUUGGUUACCCGAUCCGAGUCACUAAACUCUGAGGGUUCAUCCUUAUCGGGUGAAAGUGUCUGCUGUGACCAUCACAGCGGUUCCAGUAGUCAUCUUAGUCAUCAUCAUCACCAACAACAACAUCAUCCGGCAAAGUCUGUCCUCAAGAAGAACCAGACGGCAGCUAUUUCCGAGGCCACUGUCGCCGCCGCCGCUACUGCCGCUGCCGCCGCUGCUGCUGCAGCAGCCGUAGCGGCCAAACAACAUACCAGUGCUGCUGCCAAUGCCAUGAAUGGUAUGCACCAUCAUAUGGGCACUACUGGCAAAAAAAAUGUUACAUUCAGUGCCUUCGCCACCAUUCAGCUUAUGGACCGAUAA